GAUGGGCAAGAGAGAUGGCAGCGCCUGCAUCCCUAUUCCUAGGCAGAUGCUCAAUGUGGAUUGCUUCAGGUACUUGGACAGCUUCAAGUAGGACCUGGAACUGUUAUAAGCACGCCAUGUAGCACAAGAGGAGAUGAUCAAGUCCAACGCCAGGAUAAAGGACACUCCUCACUGUUAUAAUAACAAUUUCUCCACGUAUCAUCCCCCCAUAUCAUGCUGCAUAUGCACAAUCCCCUCCAUCCUUCCCCGACUUGGGGGCGUCAGCCACCGGCCUAACCAUCAAGACUGCUUGGCUACUCGAAUGAUUCUUCAAAUUCUAAAGGCCGGUACCGACAGCCUUGUCCGACAUCAACGCCGAUCACCUCGUGAGAAGGCUUCCCAGGAUCGCAAACCUUGGUUUCCCAUGGGUCCCCUUGGACACCCAACACGGUGUUGUGACGAGAUUGCGUACUGUAGGGGGAUAUCAUCACCCUUUACAGACUUUCUUAUGCUGGAAAUGUCGCUGCCUGGCGAAAAAGCGGAUCAUGGUCUUAUUGUUUCCUUUUUGCCUUUGUUUCCUGCUUCCGUCCACGAGGCAUCUUGACCCACUGAGAAGCCGGGGAAACUGGAGAAGACUGGAGAACGCAACACAUGGUCGUGGAGUCGUGGAUCCUUGGUGGUGAGCCAAACGUGAUAGGCAUCCAUAUAAGUGCAUUGGGUAUGACUUCAUCUUCGCCCUCUGCUA